AUGAAAGGACAAUACACAUGGGGAAAUUUUAUCGACAUUUCACGUGUGAGGACUCGUGAACUUCCGCUUGGAGCUUCACAAAAUUUUGAAGAGACUAGCUGCUGUCAUCAAUUAUUUUGUAAAAUAUGUUUAAUAAAAGUUGAUAACUCAAAUUGUCCCAAUUGUCGUCAAACAUUUACUGCUGUUGAUGCUCAUUUUGCUCGCCGCUUAAUUGGAAAUUUACAAGUAUCAUGUUUAAAUGGUUGUGGUCAAACAGUAAACUACUCGGACAAAGAAACUCAUGCCAGAUACUGUUCAAAACGUCUUUUCAACUGUCCUGUAUGCGAAAAUUUUACAAAUGGAGUUAAACAAUCAUUUCUGACACAUUUAAUGAGUAAACAUGAAAAUUUUUUAAUUGAUUGCAUUUUUCCAGUAGAAAUACCAAACUCAUCAUCUUGGCUUAAUGGUGUUUGGACUGGUGUCGGUUAUCAAUUGAAUAGCGCAAGUACGUGGAGUAUUAGAUUAACAAUUGAUGAAAAUGAAAAUAAAUACUUGAUUGAAUAUCCGUCAUUAGACGGCAGUGGUGAAUGGACAGUAUUAAAGAAAGACGCUAAUGAUCAUCGUUAUGUAUUUCACGAAAAAAUAAUUGCUGGUCAAUGCACUAAUGAUGGUCAAGCGAUUGUUACAAAAAUUAAUAAUAAACUCAUAUCGUUUAGUUAUUUUUGGCCAAGUCCAAAUGAUCUUAGUGCAUUUUCAACAUUGAAAAAGAAAGAAUAA